AUGCGGUGGUGUUCGGAAGGCGCUGGAAUCCUACCGGACCCAUCUGGAGACUGGCGUCAAGCCACAUGUAGCUGGACGAAAGAAAAAGUGCAGCCACUGGCCGAGGACGGGAAGCCGGUUCCAGAGGGCCGCGGGGUCUGGACGCCCGAAGAGCACCAGCUCUUCGUCGACGGGAUCAAGUUGUUUCCAUCGGGGCCGUGGAAAGAUAUUGCUAGUCACGUGAGGACACGCACGGCGCGUCAGACCAUGACGCACGCGCAGAAGUACCGGCAAAAGAUCGUGCGAAGGCUGCGCAACGCGCGCGUCAGCGGCAAGUUCAGCCUGCCGUUUCUCCUGGAGCAGUCGUCGCGGUUCAACGUGUUGCUGAGCACCGACGAGCAGUUCAGCGACUCGAUCCUGGCCACGUCGCUGGCCAUUGCAGCCGAGCAGGAGCUCGCUCGGCUCGGCGUGCUGAGCGACGGCGGGGCGUCGCCGACGGAGAUUGGCGUGGACCCGGGCACUGCUUGGGGCAGCGUCUUCACGGAGCCAGCUGACCGCAACAACAACAUCAACAACAUCAACAGCAUCAACGACAGCGACCUCGACCUCGACGACAACGACCUCAACAAUACGUACCAGAAGCACUUGCCACUGGCAAUAAACUUUUCCUCGUCGGAAGGCAGCCCGUACUACUUGGACGGCCCGUCGUUCGAGCCCAACGACAUUGAGUUUGACAAGUGCAUGGACUUUUUGAUCGAGACGUUCCACCACGAGACGUGA